UACUCAUGCAUCUCUUUAUGAUAUUUCUUCUUUGUGCCGUUGUGUACGGCAUUGGCCGCAUUUCAGAGCCAGAUCUGAGAGCUGUAAACUUUGCCGACAAGAUAGAAGGAAAAAAACUGAACGGAAGCCUGAUAAGAGAAAUAGAAGUGGAUUCGGAAAGUUCCUGUCAGCUGGAGUGUGUGGAUGAGGAGCGUUGUCAGUCUUACAACUUUGGAACCAUAAAGGACGACUCAGAGAAAUUCAAGUGCCAACUAAGUGACUCUGAUCGAUUUGCAGUAAUUUCCAACCUCACUGAGGAUAAUAAUUUCAUAUACAGAGAAAUAAAGAGUGAAAACGCUGUUAAGUGUUUAACGAGUAUCACUGGCACUGUUCGCUAUAAUGCCGCCCGAAAGGCCUGGGAAUGGUGUAAUGGUAAAGUUUGGCAACCAGGGAUUGGUUUGGACGCUACUGACCCAGGACGUCACUGUCUCGAUAUUUUAAAGUCAGGUCAAAGUCGUGGUAGCGGGCUUUACUGGAUCGAUCCAAACGGUGGUUUAACAAAUGACUCUUACCAGGCUUUUUGCGACAUGGAGACCAGUGGUGGAGGCUGGACACUAAUUUCCACGAAAGUGUCUCCAAGCUUCCUCUAUAUUAAGACAGCCUUCCUAGCUUCAGCAGCAAGAUCCACGGACGCAGAUGCAUCGAGUCACAUCCACCCUGACAUGGGAGACUGGGAAGAAGUUAUGUUCCGGUUCAGCGACGUCAAUACCAUCCGGGUUAUUUACAACAGAAAGGCAGGCGCUCCAAAUAAGUACAAAACAGUCUUCGAGAAGUUCUUGAUGGGUACAACUUACAAUGAGGUGAGGAACAUCCACGGUUUUUACAAGUACAGCCCAGCAGAUCACAAUGAGAGGAAUCCCUCUUCUGGUUUUGUCACCAUAUCACACUUGCACUUUUACUCGAACAAUGGGAUAACUGAAUGCCAUGCUGGCACAGACAUGUGGAUUGACAUUUGGAAUCAUCGUGACGGCUCAAACAACUACAACACCUCCGAUGACAGCCGCGCUCUUGGUACCAAGUGUAUCGCGGGCUACUGUUAUCUGAACAAACCGAUCUGGGUAAUGGUAAGAUAGGAAGAAAAAAACUGUAGUCGAAACUAGGAAAGGGUGCUGUCAAGUUUCUUUAAGGCGAUGGAAGUUCAACAUUUAUUCUAUGCUGCCACAACCAGCCAGACAUUAUUGUAUUAGUAAAGAGAAACACGGUUUCAUAACACGUAUGGAUAAUCCUCAUGUUUUCAUCUAUUAAAGAGACAGCGGUCUCUCUUUCCUUAGAGCUCAUGAAUAUUAUAACCAACUGAUGGUUGGCUUCUCUUAUAAAACCCUUGUAAAAAAAAAAUUUGCACGGUGUUGUAGGGUCAGAAAGGCUUCCUCAAUGAACUUAAAUGCCGUGGAAGAACUUUGAAAGUACAAUAGCAUUAAAGAGCAUGUCCACGAGAACACCGGGCAGAACCGGGCAGGGGUGAUAAUACUCAAAUCCCCAAUUUGGCUCAAACUUGUCCCAAAUGCAAAGUAUCAUGAGUUAAGAAAUGUGUGAAAGUAAUUGGUCAAAAUAUUUAAGCCUCGAUAUAACGUCGAUCAUAGAUAAGGAUUAUCAUAAUCUUGGUGUAGCUGCUUAAAAUAAAUGUUUUUAAAGAUGCAGUU